AUGGUUGACGUUGUAGAACCAGUUAGGCGCUUAGAUUUCGACCAGGCCACUGCUCACUUCGUCGAAUGGUUCACGGCCGCUGAAGGGACUCGGUUGAGUCCCAAGGUCCAGCUCAAGGAUCUGAGGAGCGAGAAUGCGGGAAGGGGAGCUGUUGCUGUCAAGGAUAUCGAGGAGGAUGAGGAGUUAUUCGCUAUUCCUCGGUCUCUCGUCCUCACAGCCACGACCUCAAGCAUUCCACCUGCGGUGCUCGAACCUCUCAGAGAAUCCGGGCAGUGGGUGCUGUUGAUUGUCACUUUAAUCUACGAAUACCUGCGAGACGAAAAGUCACCGUGGCACGCCUAUUUCCAAGUCCUUCCUACCAAGUUCGACAGUCUCAUGUUCUGGACCGAUGCAGAGCUCAAAACGUUGCAAGCCAGUGCUGUGGUUGAUAAGAUCAGGAAGGACCACGCUGAAGAGUCUUGGAAAGAGGAAAUGUUGCCGGUUAUGCUCUCACAUCCUGAUCUAUUUCCUGUUGCUGGUCACAGUGACGCAGACCGCACAAAAGAAUUGAUAAGACUUGCUCAUAUGGCAGGAAGCUCUAUUAUGGCUUAUGCUUUUGACAUUGACAAGGAUGAUGACAGAGAUGAUGCGAACGAUGGUUCGGAGGACGAAAUGGAGGUCGACGACGACGACGAGCCACUCAAAGGGAUGGUGCCUUUCGCUGACAUGCUCAACGCAGAUGCUGACAGAAACAACGCACGACUUUUUCAAGAAAAUGACUACCUGAUCAUGAGAUCUACCAAGCGGAUCAAAGCCAACGAACAGAUCUUCAACGACUAUGGCCCGCUCCCACGCUCAGAUCUCCUCCGCAUGUACGGCUACAUCACCGACAAUUAUGCUCAAUAUGAUGUUGUCGAGAUAUCCCAUGACCUUCUUCUUGAAGAAGCACGCAAGAAGCAUUGCGUGAAGCAUUGCGUGAAGGAUUCCACGACAGAUUGCGCGAGGUAUGCGGCAUGGUUGGAACGAGCGGAACAACUUGAAUCAGUUGGUUGGAUCGAUGAUGGCUAUGCCAUACCCAGACCUCCACCAGAGGUAGAAGAGCUUGGACAGGCCAUACCGGGACCACUACAGUUACUCUUGCGCGGUAUGUGUUUCGACUCCGCCAAGACGACUCACAAAGAUCCCAUCACCAUCAACGAGGCUACGCUACUACAGUCUGUUUUCACAAAGAGGCUGUCAGAAUACGAUACUUCUCUGGAUGCCGACCGAUCUCUUUGGGAUGCGCUGGCUCGUUCCGAACCAGACCCAAGACUUAUUCCCUCUGGUUGUAACAAGCAUCGAUUCGCCAUGGCGCUGCAAGUCAGAGUCGGAGAAAAGGAGAUAUUCCACCGGCUCAUUGGAUUGUGUCAAGCCCAUCUUGCACAAAUGAACCAAGAGAUCAAGGCAAGGCCUGCCAAACGGCAAAUCAACGAUGACUCGGACAAAAGCCCCAAAAAAGCAGCGCGGAAAGGCAAAACACGCAGCUAA